UCGAAUCUGUAAUCAAUCGCGACAACAAUUACCUAUGAUAAUGGAAUUAUCUGAGAAGGUUAUAUUAAACUCUCGUAAUAUGUAGAAUUUAUUAUCUUAAAUGUGUGUAUUAACGGACAAGCUUCGUAUCUGUAACCCUAAUAUUGUCACAUGUAACAAUAACAAAUAAUCUUAUGAUUGAUACCAGUGAUUUUUUAAUAUAUUAGUAAUCAUGUCUGAUAUAUCAAACGAAGAAAAACCUGAGAACAGUAAUAAAGAUCGUUUGGUUUCUAAUGAUUCUGAGUUUGAUGAUGCAUUAUGCGUACCUGAUUCUUUGGAAAUUACUCUUAAUGAAAAUGAUGAUACUGCAAAUAAUCAAAGUAAAGAGGAGAUUGAUAAUACAGAAUGUCCAGGUGUGAUACCUUUCUCUGCUAUACAUGACUUACCGAAAAAGUUUAAAAGUCAAAACCGUAAUGUUUUUAUUCCUGGUGAGCAAGUGCAUGUGAAGAUCAUAGAUAAUGAACGUAGCGUAACAACCCAUCCUUUGAACCCAAAUUUGUACACCAUAGAAUUUAGGCAUGGUCCAUUCACAUGGACAAUUAAGAAACGAUAUAAACAUAUUCAGAAUUUACACAAUCAAUUGAAAAUAUAUCGUGCUAGCUUGGACAUACCUUUUCCAACUAAAAGUCAUAAACAAAGAAGAAGUAGUUUGAAAAGUUUAGGAGAUGUAAAGGAGAGAGGAGGUCGUAGAGGUGCACUGCCAAGAUUUCCAAAUAAGCCUGAUGUUCUAGUACCUUACGAACAGCUGGAUCAUAGGAAAAAAGUGUUAGAAGAGUAUUUGGUCAAUUUAUUAAAAAUAAAAAUUUAUAAGCAUCAUCCAGAAACUAUCAAUUUUUUAGAAAUCUCACAUUUGUCAUUCAUAGCAGACUUGGGAAAGAAAGGUAAAGAAGGAAUUAUUUCAAAAAGAACUGGAUCAGGAGCAAGGUCUAGAUGUAAUCUUUGCGGCCUGCUAGAAAGCAUGUGUUGCGUUACGUGCACUCAUUUUUGUACAUAUUUAUGUGGGAAAUGGCAUUCGCGACAUCUUGUUGUAAAAGAUACUUUUGUUGCCUAUAUUAGACCUAAAGAUGGUAGCAUAAAAUCAGUAAUUCUAAUGGACAAUGGCUUUGGAAUCAGUUUUGGCUUGUACACAACAGGUCUAAGAAAUGGUAUGCAAAUUGUAAAUCUUAGCAGGCACAUAGUAAUUAAAUGUUGGACCAGAAGAAAAGCUAAAGAAUGGAUGGAAUUUAUACAAGAAGUUAGUAAUAAAGAAGGUCGAGAUUUUAUACAAUCAAAUCCGCAUAAUUCGUUUGCACCUUAUCGUUCGUCUAUACCAGCCUCUUGGUUUGUCGAUGGGUCAAAUUACAUGUCUGCUGUAGCAGACGCAUUAGAAAAUGCUAAAGAAGAAAUUUUUAUUGCAGACUGGUGGUUAUCACCUGAAAUAUUUAUGAAAAGGCCAGCUAUCAAUAGCGAUUAUUGGCGAUUAGACAAAAUCUUGCAGAGAAAAGCUUUCGAGGGAGUAAAGGUAUUUAUAAUGAUUUAUAAAGAAGUGGAAGUCGCGCUAGGGAUAAACAGUUUUUAUAGCAAACAACGGCUUGUAGAAAAAUGCUCGGAAAAUAUAAAAGUAUUGCGUCACCCGGAUCAUGCAAGAGUUGGUGUGUUUCUUUGGGCGCAUCACGAGAAAAUUGUAGUUGUUGAUCAAAGCAUUGCGUUUCUCGGUGGUAUUGAUUUAUGCUAUGGUCGAUGGGAUAAUAACGAGCACAGAUUAGUAGAUUUAGGUUCAACUCAUCACUCUAGCAUUUACAUUCCAUCCAAAGGUAAACUCACAAACACCAGCAGCAAAAAAGUAUCGGCUAAAACAAACAAGCAUGUCUUGUUGCCAUUAGCCAUUGCAACUAAUACGAUUGUAAUGGCUACUACAAGAUCUAUACCUGUAUGGCCUAUGAUGAAUACUAAAAUGCCAACGCCACUAUCAUUGCCGCAAUUAAGCCCUGAGGAUUUAAUGUUAUUGCAAUCACCAGAAAAUGCUGAUACCAUGAAAUGUAAUACACCAAACACAGAGCGCAAAAAUCUGUUCGGUAUGGCUAAAGACACUGUGGGCAAAGUGAAACAGAAUAUAAAAUUAAAAAGGCAGGAACUAAUUAACAUGGUAUAUAGCCCGCAGGAGGGAAAUAGCGACGAUGAAGAUGUUGUGGAUUGCAAUACGGUAGAAACGCCAAUUGAACCCAAUGAAUCAGUAAUAUACGAUGAAGUUGAUACAUUUUCGGAGUAUCCCGGUACAGCUAAACUGUGGCUUGGAAAGGACUACACAAAUUUUAUUGUUAAAGAUUUUAACGAUCUCGAGAAACCCUAUCAAGAUUUAGUCGAUAGGAGCACAACUCCUAGAAUGCCGUGGCACGACAUCGGAGUCAUGGUACAAGGUGCAUCAGCCAGGGAUGUUGCCAGACACUUUAUCCAGCGUUGGAACGCGAUCAAGAUGGAAAAGGCGAAGUUGAAUCCAUGUUAUCCGUUUCUUCUUCCAAAAUCGUAUGACGAUUGCAGAAGCUAUGCGCCAUUUAUUGAUAGAGCAGCUGUACACAAUGUUCAGUGUCAAGUGUUAAGAUCAGUUAGCUCUUGGUCCGCUGGUUUUCUCGAUUCCGAGACCCUGGAACAAAGUAUACAAGAGGCUUAUAUACAUGCGAUCAGUAAAGCUGAAAGGUACAUAUAUAUAGAGAAUCAAUUUUUUAUAACACUUGUAUCUAUGGAACGAACCGUAGUAAAAAAUCGUAUAGGAGAAACACUGUACAAACGAAUUUUACGAGCUCACCGGGAAGGCGCAGUGUUCAGGGUGUUUGUAAUAAUGCCUCUAUUGCCAGGUUUUGAAGGUGAAGUUGGAGGACCGAGUGGCACAGCCUUGCGUGCCAUCACUCAGUGGAAUUACGCUUCUAUAUCAAGAGGCAAAGGUGCCAUUCUGAAUCGACUGAGGGAAGCGGGAAUAGAAGAUCCUAGUGAAUAUAUCACGUUCCACGGUUUAAGGGCUCAUGCAAUGUUGAAUGGCACAUUGGUGACAGAAUUAAUUUAUGUUCACAGCAAGCUAUUAAUUGUAGACGACGACACGGUCAUUUGUGGUUCUGCUAAUAUUAACGACAGAAGCAUGAUCGCGACAAGGGAUAGUGAAAUUGCAGUAAUAAUUCAUGAUCGAGAGUUUGAAGAUGGAAGAAUGAAUGACAUAUCGUUCCCCUGCGGUAAAUUUGCAGGAUCUUUACGAAAAGAAUUGAUUUCUGAACAUUUGGGGUUGCAUAAGACGAAUGAAAAUAUAAAUGUAAACGAUAUAAUUAAAAAAUCAUUCUAUAGAGACGUAUGGUGUGCUAGAAGUAAUCGAAACACGGAAAUCUACGAAGAAGUGUUUCAUUGCAUUCCUACAGACAAAGUUGUGAAUUUUUCUAUGUUAAAACAGUACCAGGAUGGAGAACCACUUUGCUCGUCGGACCCACUUCUUGCUCAAGAAAUGGUCGACAAAAUUAAGGGUCAUUUGGUAAAUAUGCCGCAAAACUUUUUGUGCAACGAGGAUUUGAGACCUGCCGCUAGUACCGUGGAAGGUAUUAUGCCAACAGCUUUAUGGACAUAGAUGUAUCGUACUUAAAGCCUAACACUAACGACAUUUGAAUCAGUAUUUUUACUAUUUUUCAUAAUCGGAAAGAAGUAAUUGUUAUUAUAUAUUUUAUUGAAAAAGAGUACAAAAAUUGUACUAUAUUUUUAACUAAAUAUUUUAUCAAUUGUGACUGAAUAUUUGAUCAUGCGUUCCAAAGAUAUACAAAUUAUACUUGCUAAAAAAACAAGCUAAAGUUCUUUUAGGCAGCUAAAAAGCACUUAACUGUAACUUAUUUAUGAUGUAAAUAAUUUUACUUUAACAUUCCAUAAAGUCUACCUCUGUAGAAAAAACUGAUGUUAUUAUAAUUUACUGUUACUAACCGUUAUUAAUUAAAAACUAAUUUUAUUAUUUUUGGUUUUUAAAAAUCACUUUUUACCAGUG